AUGAAUUGCUUCCGUUCCUUCACCCUGGUGGUGCCGGUGGCGUUGUUCACUGAUCCUUCAAGAGAACUUGGAUUGCGGUUCGAAACCACUGAGCCUCAAGUCAUUGGCUCGAGCCUGUUCGGCCCACGGUGCAUAUUCAUUCGGAUCACGUUGGUUCAAGCGGUACGACAUCGAGUGGCAAUAUCAUACGUAUCUGUGAUGGCCUCUGCGGAGCCUUUAAAAAUACAAGUACACGAUGAUGUUCUGGACGAUUUGAAAUCUCGUCUGUCAAAGUCGCGCAUUGUUCCUAAUGAGGUUGGGGCUGGUCGGUUCGAUGAUAACGGCAGCUGGUCUUACGGUACAGACCGCAGCACAUUGGCUGAGUUUGUCAAGUAUUGGCUUGAGGUGUACGACUGGCGCAAGGAGGAAGCUAAAUUGAACGCGUUGUCGCACUUCAAGAUGAGGAUCAACGGUCUGCGGAUCCACUUCGUACACGAACGCUCGAGCCGGGCAGAUGCAAUUCCUCUCCUGCUCGUCCACGGUUGGCCAGGAUCGGUGGUGGAAUUUACGAAGGUCAUUCCUCGGUUGCGUGACGCUGGUUUCCACGUAGUGGCGCCCUCGAUACCAGGCUUCGGGUGGAGCGACGCGCCCACCGAGCCUGGCGCAGACGUCGCGUUCAUGGCGGAGCACAUGAACGAUCUCAUGUUGCAGCUGGGCUACGCUCACGGGCGGCUGCCGCGCAGGGCGGCGACUGGGGCUCCAUCAUCGCGGCCGUGUGCGCCUACCGCUUCCCGAGCCGCUGCGUCGCGUACCACACGAACAUGCCAGCGCCGCUGGCCCUGCCGUCCGAUCUGUACGGCGUGCUUCGGCUGCUCUUUGGGCUCGCGACGAUGUCCAGCAAAUCGGAAGACCAGACCACGGCACGGGCAGAAGCCUUUGGAGGGCGUAAGAGACACGAUGUAUUUCCUGCGCUACGAGACCGCGUACCAGCGCAUCCAGGGCACGAAGCCGCAGAGUUUGAGCUUCGGCCUCAACGACAGUCCUGCAGGCCUGCUGGCAUGGCUGCUCGAGAAGUUUCAGUCCUGGUCAGACUGUGGUCGUGCAGGGCCGGAAGAGUCUGGCCUGACCAAGGAUGAUAUCCUAACAAAUGUCAUGGUCUACUGGACUACUCAGACCAUCGCCUCUUCGUGCCGAAUUUACUACGAAACGUUGGGGCAUGCGCCGGCGAGGAGAAAGCAGGCAUAUUUCCUCGGAUCUCCAUUGAAUUACCACGGCUACAUCGCGGUGCCCACGGGCAGGCAGAUGCUGAGGAACAUUCUGGAGAUCGAUUUCGCCGCCCAGAAGAUUUCCCUGACAGCGUUCGCAGAUGACACGGCUGCAGUAAUCGCAGAUUAUGCGGUGGCGGUUCCGGUUAUCAGCAAAUUGUUCUCUGAAUUUGAAAAGAUAUCCCGGUUGGCUCUCAAUAUCAAGAAGACAGUGUUUAUCCCAUUAUGGCGCUUCCAGUCGGAGUCCAACGUCAGGGCGCUCAUUCGCGAGGUGGCGCCGCAGUGGAGGGACAUUUUGAUUUCCCUUCGCGGAAAAUACCUCGGCUACUGGGUGGGGCCAGGCGCCGGCAACAUGUCAUGGGAUAAGCCGCUCGAGAAAUUCACGAAGCGCGUGCAGAGCUGGGCACAAAGGCACCUUGGACUUUUCUUGAACAGCAUUGUGUUCAACACGUUCAUCAUAUCGGUAUUGAGUUUCGUGAUGCAGCUUCAGGAUUUGCCGGGGGACAUGGAUAACAUCUUUUCUUGGGCGUUACGCCGCCUGGCUCCGGGCCCUGGGAACUGGAUCAUGCCUGAAGAUUUGUGCAAUUUACGAGAGGCAUUCGGGAUCAAGUUUUCAUUCGCUCAACCUCGCUGCGUUGCACGGGCCGCUAAGCUGAGAGUGAUUGAAACUGUCGCCCCGGACUGCAAAGAGCGCGUCGAAGAGUUGCGCAUGCUUGAUGGAGGAGUACUGCAAGGCCCGUUCGGGAGCUGGCACGCCAAUUCUUUGUUCGCAAUCCUGCACCGCACAGAGCAGCAACUGGAGAAGGACGGGAUCAGCCGCAGCCAGAUCCGGAGGGUGCUGAACGGCCCUGCUAGGUUUGGUCCAGCCAGCUUCCAGUCUAUUGCAACCGAUCUGAUCAAUCCCCAUUGCCGACCUGACCAUCUACAGCGCACUGCUCACAAGCUUGCCCGGUGGAAGUUUCCAGGCGACGAAGCGGCGCUGGUGGCGCGUGUCCAGGAGGCUUUCGUAAUUCUACAUAAGUGGUGCCCGCCCAGGGUGGCGUCGGCAUACCUCCGCACGUUAUUCAACGGCUGGGCCACCCGUCGUCGGAUGAGGCACGCAGAGAAAGAUGGGGUCGGCGAGCCGUGGCAGUGCUUACUCGGCUGCAAGAGCGGCGACGACAGCAUCGAGCACUACAGAACUUCUCCAGAAGAUGUCGUGCGAAUGGCGCUGGUCAAUUACGGCGUGUACCGCACUACCAAUUACCUCCGGUUCACGCCUGCGGCAACGGGCGUGUCGCCCCUGAAACUGCUGCGCCGCUGGGUCAAGAGGGGCGCGGAGAAGUCGCGCCUCGCCGCCGCGGAUGCCUCGCCGGCCCUCCGGCGGAUCUCGGAGGCGGUGGCCGCCGGCAGGGCCGCGCCCGCCUUCCCGCCAGGCGCGCCCUGCAUCCAGCCCCACGAGCUGGAGGCGCGGUGGCAGGCCGUGGCCGACGCCGCGGCGGCCGCGGCGAGCGCCGGAGCGGAGCCGGACCAGGGGCUGCUGGAGGAGUUGAAGCUGAUAUACGGCUGCAUCACGGAGGUGGUCACGUCCUGCGGCCUGACGAGCCCAGACGCUUUCGACAUCUACGAGGCCUGCUUCGAGGCGCUGUGCAGGUGCAGCGCCCGCGUGCACGGCGGAGUGGCGCAGGAGUUGCUUUUCCUGGCGUUGUCGGAGGUCCACGAGGAGUACGACGUCCUCCUCUCGUGCGUCGAGACUUACGAGUGGGUGCAGCCAGGCACGACCGGCCUCCUGAGGCUGUGGAUGUUGCAGGCCUUGCUCGGCCGGGGGCGCGCCCAGGACAGCGUCGGCGCAGAAGGCGACGUCGAUGUCGGCGCGGUGAGCCUCAUCUCCUUCCUCCUGUCCUGCGGCGAGGCACCCUUCGAGAUGCAGGAGGCCGCCGGCCGCUGCCUCGUGCAGCUCACGGCGGCCGACUCGGUAUUCCUGCCGAUGGUGGAGGCGUCUGGCCAGGACCUGCAGAGCCAGCAGAUCGCGCAGCUCACGUCGCUGCUCAACCGCCACGUCAACGGGCUGAUCAGGGGAAUCAUCCAGUUCGACGUGGUGCACGCCUUCGGCAAGUGUAUCUGCCAGCACCAGCAGAGCCACACGAGAACCGAUGUCAUCGUGAAGAGCUUCCUGACGACCAUCCACAACUGCCUGCUCUACUGCUCGCAGAACCAGAAGCGGCUGCGCCAGCACCUCGCCACCAGCGACAUCGUGCAGGACAUCAUGCUGCCCUACGUCCAGAACAUCCUGCCAGCGCUGUACAGCCGGCCGGACUGCGGGCCGGCGCUGAUAGAGUGGCAGAAUUUGAAGUCCGUUUUGCAGACGUUCGCGGUCGUCACCUUCAACGUCAAGGUGCUCCGCCCUCACCUGCGCGACUCCCCCGUGCUGCUGCAGAUUUGCCAGGUACCACAUAUCUUGGAGCACAUCUCGAUGCUUGAGAUGCUGAUCAAGAUCUCCAUCAAUAUCAAUUUCACGGCGGGCCCCCAUCAGGAUGCGUUCCCAUUCAUCUCUGACACUCGGCAACCAUAUUGGCCUGCGUCUUCGCGAGUAUGGGUUACCCACUUGUUUUAA